AAAUGUCAAGUAAAGCAAGUGGAGUUUCUGCUCAAUUAUAGUCCUGUGUAGACUGUAGAAGUGACUCAGAAUUAUUUAUAUGGAAUGGUGCCCCUCUCAUAGCUUGAAAUUGCUGUUGAUUUCAUUGCUUUUCUAUACAGCAGAGAGCAAGAAAGUAGCUGUUUGUCUUCAGCUUGGUUCAAGCUACAGUGACGCAAAGAAUUUAGCUCUUGAUAAUGGUUACGCAGUGACAAAACAGGUUGGAAGGAACUGCUUUCUGUUCGAGAAGACAGGUCGUAGUACGCGCGAUGUUGAGACAGAAGAACAUUUGGUGGAGAGCAGUUUGAGCUUAAACCCAUUGGUGCUGGAAGCGGAGGUAUCAGUCCCCAAAGUAAGAGUGAAAAGAGGUGGCAGCUCGGCAAGGGAGCCACGAGGUGGCAGCUCAGCCAGGGAGCCACCGAGCGGUAACAGACGAUCUGCUGACGUGCAGGGAUUGAACGCUCUGGCAGCGACGUUUAACGACCCCAUCUUCACUCGACAAUGGCAUUUGUACAACAGAGAAGUGUACGGAAAGGACCUGAACGUACUGCCGGUUUGGGCGAACAAUAUAACAGGGCAAGGUGUAAUCGUAGCUAUCCUCGACGAUGGGGUUGAACACACGCAUCCAGACAUCAAGGAUAACUAUGCAGGUAGUGUUAGUUGGGAUUUCUUGGAUGACGAUGACGAUCCAACACCCAUACCCUCGCAGGCUGACAAAGAUGUAGAUCAUGGUACAAGAUGUGCUGGUCAGGUAGCUGCAAGCAAGAACGAUGUUUGUGGCGUUGGAGUGGCUUACAACGCUAAAAUUGCAGGAAUAAGAAUGCUAAAAAACAAAGUCGAGGACUCCAUGGAGGCUCAAGCUUUAAGGUUUAAAACAGAAAAGAUUGAUAUUUACAGCUCUAGCUGGGGGCCAGUGGAUGAUGGUAAAAAGAUGGACGGCCCAGGGCUCCUGGUGAAGAAAGCAUUUGAGGACGGCGUCAGAUAUGGAAGGGAAGGAAAAGGUUCAAUAUACGUGUGGGCUAGCGGCAAUGGUGGUUUAAACAAGGAUAACUGUAACUGUGAUGGUUACUGCAGCUCCAUCUACACCAUAAGUAUCAGUGCGGUUAACGAUAAGGGCCAAAUACCGGCUUAUGUUGAGGAAUGUAGUGCUACAUUGGCGGCAGCAUACAGUUCCGGUACCAACAACGAGCGCAGGAUUGCCACCACGGAUCUGAACUCAGGUUGCACUGAACAGCACGGCGGUACAUCUGCUGCAGCGCCCCUAGCUGCAGGAGUCAUCGCACUCGCUCUCAGUGCCAAUCCGGAGUUAGGGUGGAGGGAUGUACAGCACAUUAUUGUCGAGAGCUCAACUCAUCCUACUCACGACAACUCUGAUGUUAACGGUGCUGGCAGGCGGGUCAACAACAAGAUAGGCUUCGGAAUUCUAGACUCGUUGAGAAUGGUUGAAACUGCAAAAACUUGGAUCAACGUGGGAGAACAACAUGUUUGUUCCAUUGUAUCAGACCGACAAUCUCUCGCUCACGAGAACGCUCAGAUCAGGAAACAAGAGGGACAGAAGUUGGAGGUACGGAUAACAACUGACGCUUGUAAAGGGAGCUCACGUGAGGUCGCUGUGUUGGAACAUGUCCAAGUUGUCCUGAGUGUCAACCACGAUUUUAGAGGUUCCCUCAAGAUAAUCCUAGAAUCUCCAGCCGGAACAGAGUCAGCUCUGCUCACAGAACGGCCGUCUGACACAAAUAACCAGGGUUUCUUCAAGUGGAGUUUCCUUUCCGUGCAGAUGUGGGGAGAGGUUGCACCUGGGCAGUGGACUCUUACCAUCGAGAGCAAGGGCGACGGUGAGCUAACGUACGUGGAACUGAUAUUGUACGGAACAAAGUACACAACCAACUCUACACAGCAAUGUGAACACUUUUCCCUAAUUUCAUCAGACGACACGGGAUCCAAGACAUGUGUAGAGGAGUGUCCUGAGUUCGGGUAUUACACCUCCAAAACAAUGUGUCUGCCUUGUCACGUGACGUGUGCCUCCUGUACUGACUACAAUGUCUGUACUAGCUGUCCUGAUCAACUCUUCCUUAACUACGAAGAGCACAAGUGCGUGAGUGAGUGUCCAGAGGAUCACACUGUAUCAGAUAGUAAACUACGUGGUCAACUCUGUAAGAAGACCCCCCCUGGUCAGGCUUGGUACAAAGGAGAUGCGAUGUACAUUAUCAUUGUGGUAAUCUUUAUGUGCUUACUGAUUAUUGUUGUCCUUGUAAUCAGCAUGCAUCACUACAGAAAAUACAAGAGCGGCAGCAUUGAAUCACUCCGAUACCGUGACGGGACCCCUUACUCCCACACCCAACUAAAACCCAUCACCGCCUCCGUGACCCACCCCAUCCCAGACCCUUCACGUGUCAACCAUCCCCACAUGACGUCAUCACUCCACCACAUGACGUCAUCAGAACCUCCUCCUUAUAUCCCGCGGGACCCCAACAAUAGAACUGUCAUUAGGAGCUCUGAUUUACAACCUGGAACUAUUCACAAGAAGUCGGUAUCGGCGUGCCCCAAUCACAGAAACUCCGAGCGAGUAUAACUAUAGGUCUGUACGCCGCGUCUGUACGCCGCGUCUGUACGCCGUGUCUGUACGCCGCAGUAGUAUAAGUAAGCAUACCCUUACAAUCCCCUACAGUAGCAAUCAGUGCAGUAUGCUCACAU